AUGUCGACUAUCACUCUCAGUUGUUUGGUCGUAGGUGAAAACUCUUACGAAAAUGCUUUUAAUGUAAAAGUUAAUAAGACGGAGGCGGUUAGUGAACUCAAAGACGCUAUCAAGGAAAAAAUUGACGAUAAUGUUAAGGCAAAAGACCUCAAGUUAUGGAAGGUCGACAUUUCCCUCGAAGAAGAAAAUGAAAAACUUGACCUUGUUAAUACAAAAAUUAACGUUAAUAUCAAAGAGGAGCUUGGUGGUGUUGAACUGCUUCCACUUUCAAAAAUUAGCAAACACUUCCCUUCCCAGCCAGCCGACGAACACAUACAUAUCAUUGUACAGCGUCCUGUUGAAACGAAAGAAGUUCACUUUUCGUUGUGA